CCUUAAAGUAUCUAGUGAGAGAAAGUGAGAGAAAAAGAAGACAGAUCCCCAAUUUAAACUUGAGACACCACUGAUUUCAUUUUCAACUUUAUAUAAUAUUUUGGAGUCAACGAAAAGUAUCUAAGAAGAAGCAAACACAAAGAAUAUGUCGACGAGGGCGAGCACUCACCAAGACCCAGCAGAAAACGGAGCUAGUGGUUCAGACAACAACAACAAUUUGAACCCGGCGAUGAGAGAUCUCAUGUUCGAGAAAGUGCUAACACCAAGCGACGUCGGGAAACUAAACCGGCUCGUGAUUCCAAAGCAACAUGCAGAGAACUACUUCCCGUUAGAGGACAAUCAAACCGGCACGCUGUUGGAUUUCCAAGACAAAAACGGCAAGAUGUGGCGGUUUCGUUACUCGUAUUGGAACAGUAGCCAGAGCUACGUGAUGACCAAAGGAUGGAGCCGUUUCGUCAAAGAGAAGAAACUCAACAACGGAGACACCGUCUCGUUCCACCGUUGCUACGUCCCCGAGGACAACGAACCGGAGAAACGAAAGAACAUAUUGUUUAUCGACUGGAGGCAUAGACCCGACUCAAACCUCGUACACAACAAUAAUCAUCAUCACUACCCGAUCUUCGGGGCUCCUCCUUAUCCAACGGCUAGUUAUUAUCCUGUGACAGAAUAUUCCAUGCCGCAUUACGGGAGGUUUCCACCUUUAUAUCACAACCAGUUUUUAGGGUAUGGUUAUGGACCUUAUGGUAGGUCUGUUAGUGGAGGACGUUACUACGCGGGAUCACCGUUGGAUCAUCACCAUCAGUGGAAUCUUGGUAGAUCUGAGCCGUUAGUUUAUGACUCCUAUCCUGUUUUUCCAGCGACGAGGGUGACUUCAUCCUCAACAAUGUUGCCUCCUUCUCCUCCUUCUCAGCCGCCGCAGGAGGGGACGGCCAAGAAGCUAAGGCUGUUUGGGUUCGAUGUCGAGGAGUCUUCUUCUUCACGGGAGGCACGUGGCGGAAUGGGUGUUGCUGGUCACUCUUCAUCUUCUCCGGUUGUGAUUAGAGAUGAUGAAUCAUUAUGGAGGUCGCCACGUGGAGAAAUGGGUGGAUUGUCUUCUUCGGUUGUGAAAUUAAGUGAUGACGAAGAAUAUAAAAGGAAAGGGAAGUCUUUAGAAUUUUAGACAGAUAAGUCAUUUAUGUUCCUCACCAUUUUCUCUAGUUACCUUUAUUUAUUUCCUCUUUUUAAGUUAAUUCCAAACUUAAAAAUCAUAACAAGCUAAUUUUGCAAUUGGGGAAUUACAAUGUCGUGAGGAACUUUACCUGGUUUCAACAUGUUAGUUAUUGAACCCUAGUAACC